GGCGGGGAAGCGAAAUGCGAACACUGAUGGUACUAUUACUGUAACAGCAGCUAAACCAGAAGAAAUAAAAAAUUUAAAGCCCAAAAACAAAGAACUACCUGAUUUUUAUCGUUUUCAAAUGCGGGAAUCUAAAAGAAAUAAGCACGUUGAAUUACGUAAAAAAUUUGAAGAAGAUAAGAAAAAGAUCGAAAGACUUAAGGCUGCCAGAAGAUUUAAGCCAUAUUGA